CCUUUUUUUCCUCCCCUCUGCUUUCCCCUCCCCCCGCCUCCUUCCCUCCUUUCUCUUCCCGCCACGAUUGCCACUAAUAAAACAAUACCACCUCCCUCGCUCUCUUUCUUUUCUCAUCACUCAUCGCUCAUCACCUUUCACCUUCCGAUUCUCAUCCUCGUUCUUCGGUUGUAAUGAACACAGCCAUACCAUAAGCGCUUCCUUCUUCGCUCGCACUUCACCCUCAACAUACCCAUCCUUCUUUCAAUUGGGCAUACAGCAUAUCAUCCCUUCCCUCCCUGCACCAUUCAGCAGCAUCCUCGGCAAACAACAACAACCCCCUUACAUAUCUACAUCAAUCUUACAUCAAGAAGAAAGAAAUAGUGUGCGUUGCGUUGAACGAGAGAGUGUGAGAGCGUGAAUAUGGGUGCGGCCAUGGACAUAGAACCACGGACGAGCAUGGAGCGUCAUCUCAUGGACAGAGACCGUGACGGGCAGCUAUAUCUCGAGGCCAGGCGCCAGCAGGCUGUCCAGGACCUCCUCGGGAAUAGAUCCUCCUUCCUCUCUACCAUCACUCCGCCCUCCACUAACCCCUCCUCUGCCGCGUCUUCGCUCUUCCACGAGCCGUUGUCGUCCAACACCAUUGGCAACAACGACGAUGCCAACAAUAAUAACACCUCUUCGUCUUCAACCGCUCCUACCCUCGUCGCCCUCGCCACCCCAAUCACUCCCACUUCGCCUUCCUCGCCCUUCACACCCUUCACUCCAGCUACGAACAUGUCCUCAACCUUAGCCUCUGUUACUAUACCUCCUUCCGCAAUAACAGCCACCACAACUUUUCGCACACUUGCCUCGCCAAUCGGGAACAUUGUUCCCAUCACUAAAAAGACCCGUCUAAGGUCUGCCUCUGCCUCUGCCUCUGUCUCUGCUCCAGCCCCAACAACAAAAGGACGCGCCUUCGCUCCUAAAGAGGCUGACCGGCCUAUUUUCACCAUCUCACCCUCUAGUUUCGAGUAUCAACUCACUGCCAGCCUGCUUAAAUACCAGCCUCAGUCCCCAACAACAACACCGGCAGCAACAACAACAUCGUCAGCAGAAGGAAAGAGACACCGUUCAAGGUCGCGCUCAAAACCUCGUCAGCAAAAGUCUAGACGUGGGACCGUCAAUAGUGAUGGACGGAUAGAGUCUUAUCCUGUUCCUGCUCCUGUACCUGAUUCCAAUCGGAGCACAGGCCACAGGCACAAUCGCAGCCUCGCUGAGACAACGUCGUCCAGUAAGAAACUCGUUCCUAAAACCUUUGAGGCAUGCCAGCAAUCGCACGCGAGGGCGGCUGGCGCCGACGACCUGAUCGCCCAGGCCUCAGCUCCGAGUUCCACAGCUACAACCGGCCAACAAAAACAGCUGGAGCAGUCGACGACCUCACUUCCACCGACACCGCCGUCGCCGCCACUGCCCCCAUUACCCCCAAAGAGUCCCCGCAGUCUAAUUGCGCACUAUUUCCCUGGGUCGCUGCCUCCGCCUCCUUCGAGGGAGCGUGCUCCUGUAGGACACAGGGCGCCACUGGUGGCCCCAACACCCUUCAAGACGCCAACGUUUGGACCUGCGCUGAUGCUGUCCUCGGCCCAGGAUGGCCAUGCACCUCCACUGCCCUCUCCCUCGGCGUCGCUUCACUACAUCCCCUCUUCAGCGACCAUUUCCCGCUGCUCGACUGCACAUACCCAUCAUCCUCACGAGGAUAUGGAAGCCCUGUCGCCCUCCAAUCGCGCCUCGCCCUGCACUUCGGCUCUGGGCUUCAGGGUCUCGACCACCAACAGAGGACAACAACAGGAUAUGAGCCUUUCUCAUGGGAACAGCUCUCGCGGCCGCUUUCAUAAUCAGCAUGCUUCACAUAAUAAUACCCCUUUUUGUUAUCGUAAUCAUCCGGCCAAUAAUUUCACUAUCUACAGCGAGUCCAACCACAAGGACAAGCUCAAGGACGAAGACCACAAUAGUGCUGCAGGGGUUUCCGCGGAGGAGGUGUCGGUCACCAUCUUCCCGUCAACGUCAGACGUCGACACUCGCCAUAUCUCUUCCCAUGCAUCUAUUAUCACGUCGACAACAACGCCGAUCUACCCGCGAGGUCUGAUGCCGAGCAGCACUAGCCCGCUGACUAGUCUCAACACAUCCGUCGUCAUCCGCGUCCAGCAAAAACCGGCGCCCUAUGUCCGCGAACUUGUCCCUGGUAGAGAAGACAACCCAGACCUCGCAGGAAAGCCCUCAGGAAUUUCGAGCACAAAUACGAGUCGUGACCUUGAGAUCGUGCUGGAGGAAAUUACAGGUCGGAUCCGGACUAACCGCACGAGUUUCGACCCAUGGCCCCUCCAUGUCUCUCCCUUGGAGACCAAACCUUUGCCGCCAAUUCGUCGUGAGAAGGGCGACCGGUACUGGAUCUUUCGUGACCAGGAGGGAAUCGUGCCUGGACCUUUCUUUUUCUUGUUGGGACAUCUUUGCCCGAUCUUGUGGUGGAUAGGAAGCAUAUACCCGAGCAUUGAGCAUCCCGACAACCUCACGGCCUCGGAGCGUGCUCAUGCCGGCAGCGACGACGAUGUCGAGGCACAGACGAGCGACCUGCGGGAGCACCCGAUGGUUCAAUGGCUGCAGCGGCAGUUGAAGGCUGCGGGCGCAAGGAUCGCAUCCAUCAAGACGACUUCUAAGGAUGAGUCGGCUACAGUAGCCACGCUUCAAAUUGUCCGAAUUUCUCAGGAAACUGAUCGUGAAGGCUCAACCUUGGUACUGGGGGGCAACAACAACAUCAGCACAAUCCACAUCCCAAUGCCGUCUUUCCGUGAGUUUGACAGACAUGGUCCUUGGUCUGCAGAAGACCAUGCUUCUUCCUUGUUUGAGCUGCGGAUGGAACACAACCGCAAGGUGCUGCGAUACGAACUGGAUCUGCGUUGGAAGAGAAUUAAUCUCAUUUGGUCCAUUGGCUCCUUUGUCCUUGCCAUCUGCAUCACCGCCUUUGUGAUUGGCUUUGCUUGAACGGCUCGCUCGUUUUUUUUUAUCUGCCCUUGUAUUUUUCUUAUCUUCUGCAUCUCCUCUUUCAUUUCUUUGAUCACUUGUACAAUAGUAUUCCAUAAUAAUCGCGCCACGAAGCGAUUGGUACAGUAGCAUAAUAAAAUGUUCUAGUAGCACACC